AUGUGCAGAUUUCUGUUCUUUUGGUCAAUUUUUGACGGCGUAGACGAGUAUAAGUGCUCUUGUGUCGACGGGUUUGCUGGUAUCAGCUGCGAAAUAAACAUAGACGACUGUACACAGAAUCCAUGUGUGAACGAUGGCCCUUGUGUUGAUCUUAUAAAUGACUAUCGAUGUAUUUGCAAGAAGGGAUACACAGGAAAAAACUGCAGCAUUGACAUUGAUGAAUGCACCGGCUCUCCUUGCCUAAAUAAUGCUACAUGUAUCGACAGAAUCGAUAAUUACACUUGUUCCUGUGUUGAUGGAUUCAGCGGACCUCACUGUGAAGUUGACAUCGACGACUGUGUGAUAAAUUCCUGUGGUAAUGGAUCCUCGUGCAGGGACGAAAUAAACAGCUACAUCUGCGAAUGUCCGCCAGGUUUUCUAGGUGAUGACUGCUCAGUGGAAAUUGAUGAGUGCGCGUCUUCGCCUUGUUACUUCGGCGGGACAUGCCAUGAUCAGAUUAACGGCUUCGUUUGUAUCUGCCCAGAUGGAUUCACAGGUUUGCAGUGCGAAGAAAAUAUUGACGACUGCAAAUCCAAUCCUUGUGUAAAUAAUGGCACAUGCUCAGAUCUGGUGUUACAUUACACUUGUUUUUGGCUGAAAGGUUUCAGUGGCUAUAACUGUGAAAGCCGUAUUGACUACUGCAAAACAGCCAACUGCAGCCACAAUGGCGUCUGUGUCAACACUCGCACAGAGUUCCACUGCAACUGUAGAAGCGGAUACUAUGGGAAAUACUGCGAGCUUGAAAUAGAUGAGUGUUUGGAAAUGCCUUGUUUCAACAACGCAACUUGCCAUGAUGCCGUCAAUAACUUUACUUGCUCUUGUGCUGAUGGUUAUACAGGCAGGUUAUGCGACAACAAUAUUGACGACUGUGUCAACAAUAGCUGCCAGAACAACGCUACUUGCGUCGACCGUACUCUGGGCUACUCUUGUCGGUGCUCACAAGGCUACAAUGGAACGUACUGCCAAACAGAGAUCGACGAAUGUGCAUCAAACCCCUGCACUAACAACGGAACCUGCGUUGAUCAGACACCCGGAUACAAAUGCCUCUGUCCAGAUCAGUUUAUUGGCGAAAACUGCGAAAACAUUACAGACUUCUGCCUUUCAACACUUUGUCAAAAUGGAGGUACGUGCAAUUCUGACAACUCAACUGGGAGCUUCACUUGUUCAUGCAAAACUGGCUUUACUGGUGCCACGUGUGAACAGAAUAUUGAUGACUGUGUCUCGGGUCCUUGCAUGCCAAACUCGUAUUGUCAGGAUCUGGAGAAUGGUUACAGCUGUGAGUGUUACCCUUCCUUCGCUGGAGAUUCUUGCGAUAUCUUUCUUGGCAGCAACUUCGAUCUUAUUUUUAAACAUAAGACCGCAGACGACAUGGUUUUACUCUCAGACGGUAAAAGUAUUCCAAACAUGAGAUAUUUCACCAUCGCUAUGUUUGUGCGAGCAGAUUCCAGAUACAAAUCAGGCACACUGUUUAGCUAUAGCGUUGCUGGGCAACCACAAUCAGAUGACGUCAUUGUACUAUCCUUUACUGAGUCUCAAGUUCAUCUGGAGAUUAAAGAUGAGGUAGUUACAGCCGAUUACAAGUUGGCAGACGACCACUGGCAUUACUUGGGGGUCGUGUGGAACGGAACCACCGGAAGUGUUUCGGUGUACAUCGACAGAGAUGAAGUGAAAAACGCGAGAAAAGUCAAAAUCGGAGAAAUUAUCACUGGAGGUGGGUGGAUUGUACUUGGGCAACGUUAUCUCGCGGGAGAGCAGACGACAUCCAUUUCGACAGCCUUUGGUGGCACGUUACAUCAAGUGAGCCUUUGGGAUGUGCCAGCAACUUCUGACCACAUGUGGAACGCGGCGCAUAACUGCACGUGGCCCAUUGCAGGAAGUGUGCGAGCAUGGAGCAGCUUUCUACCAGGAAUCAAAGGACAAGUAGAAAAGAGGUUCAUGACGCAAUGCAAAGCUUUGGACAUGUGUACAACUAACUGCUCGCACUUCCUUCACUGCGAGUCUCGCCAGGGACUUUACCACUGUAAAUGCCAAGCCGGAUUCUCAGGUCCUCACUGUGACAUCAAUAUCGACGAGUGCAGUUCAAAUCCCUGUAUUAAUGGCACGUGUGUAGAUGGUAUCAACCGAUAUGACUGCCAGUGCAACAAAGGUUAUUGGGGAACCAACUGUGAGAAGAAGAUCAUCAACGGAAAAGAGUGUCCAGUACUGAAUAAGCCUAGAAAUGGGACGAUAUAUUGUCGAAAGGUUUCCGGUAAACUGCUGUGUAUCAUAUCCUGCGAUGAAGGUUAUUCGUUCAGUGCGAAGGCAGUGACUAUAUAUGGCUGUGGUCCUGAUACAAACUGGAAAUGGAAUGGCGUGGAGAAGCCAGUAUUGUCAAAAUGUUCAAGCAAGGCUGCCCCCAAACAGAUAGAACUUCACUUCUCGAUUAAAUUUCCUGGUUUGCAAUGUAACAUCCUCCGAAGUCUCGCAAAGCUGUACGCUGCAGUCGAGAAGGUAAUCAGAGACAUGCUUUUAGCAGUGCAAGGAUGCCAUGCAUGCAAACUAAAAGACGUAGCAACUCCCGGAUGUGAUUCGUUAGCCAAUACAAAGAAGAGAAGAGCGAUAGAUCCGGCGAUGGAAGUUCUCUUCUCGCUGGUCGUAAAUUCGUCUUCGCCAGGAGAUGAUGUUGAAGAGAGGAGCGAAGCAGUCUUGUUUCAGGUACAGUACGCCGUCGCUACAGGGCAGUUUCAGAUAAGUCUGAAUGGAACGAACAGUACUGCUGAUAGAUCGUCAUUGCAACAUCUCUUCUCCAAUGUCACUUGUGCAGCUGGCUCUGUUACGAGCGCUGAUCGAAAGGGAUGUGUGACUUGUCCCGUUGGAACAUCAUAUGAUAAAACCAGUUCAAAAUGUGUAUUGUGUGGUAAAGGCAGUUACCAAGACAAGGAAGGCCAGGCCAGUUGUAUAGAAUGCGAUGAAGGAAAGUCGACCAAUAACUUGGGAGGCGCGUCCAGUGAGGAAUGUGUCAAGGCAGGCGUUUUGUCCAACAAAGUCCCGAGAGAGGGAAAGAAUACCGCUGUCUACAUAACAGUAUCGUUUAUCGCAGUGAUUGCAAUGAUAGGCAUAGUAGCUACAGCUGCCUACUGCAGGUAUGUAAAUGAACCUUUAUUCUUGGCAGCAACUUCGAUCUUAUUUUUAAACAUAAGACCGCAGACGACAUGGUUUUUACUCUCAGACGGUAAAAGUAUUCCAAACAUGAGAUAUUUCACCAUCGCUAUGUUUGUGCGAGCAGAUUCCAGAUACAAAUCAGGCACACUGUUUAGCUAUAGCGUUGCUGGGCAACCACAAUCAGAUGACGUCAUUGUACUAUCCUUUACUGAGUCUCAAGUUCAUCUGGAGAUUAAAGAUGAGGUAGUUACAGCCGAUUACAAGUUGGCAGACGACCACUGGCAUUACUUGGGGGUCGUGUGGAACGGAACCACCGGAAGUGUUUCGGUGUACAUCGACAGAGAUGAAGUGAAAAACGCGAGAAAAGUCAAAAUCGGAGAAAUUAUCACUGGAGGUGGGUGGAUUGUACUUGGGCAACGUUAUCUCGCGGGAGAGCAGACGACAUCCAUUUCGACAGCCUUUGGUGGCACGUUACAUCAAGUGAGCCUUUGGGAUGUGCCAGCAACUUCUGACCACAUGUGGAACGCGGCGCAUAACUGCACGUGGCCCAUUGCAGGAAGUGUGCGAGCAUGGAGCAGCUUUCUACCAGGAAUCAAAGGACAAGUAGAAAAGAGGUUCAUGACGCAAUGCAAAGCUUUGGACAUGUGUACAACUAACUGCUCGCACUUCCUUCACUGCGAGUCUCGCCAGGGACUUUACCACUGUAAAUGCCAAGCCGGAUUCUCAGGUCCUCACUGUGACAUCAAUAUCGACGAGUGCAGUUCAAAUCCCUGUAUUAAUGGCACGUGUGUAGAUGGUAUCAACCGAUAUGACUGCCAGUGCAACAAAGGUUAUUGGGGAACCAACUGUGAGAAGAAGAUCAUCAACGGAAAAGAGUGUCCAGUACUGAAUAAGCCUAGAAAUGGGACGAUAUAUUGUCGAAAGGUUUCCGGUAAACUGCUGUGUAUCAUAUCCUGCGAUGAAGGUUAUUCGUUCAGUGCGAAGGCAGUGACUAUAUAUGGCUGUGGUCCUGAUACAAACUGGAAAUGGAAUGGCGUGGAGAAGCCAGUAUUGUCAAAAUGUUCAAGCAAGGCUGCCCCCAAACAGAUAGAACUUCACUUCUCGAUUAAAUUUCCUGGUUUGCAAUGUAACAUCCUCCGAAGUCUCGCAAAGCUGUACGCUGCAGUCGAGAAGGUAAUCAGAGACAUGCUUUUAGCAGUGCAAGGAUGCCAUGCAUGCAAACUAAAAGACGUAGCAACUCCCGGAUGUGAUUCGUUAGCCAAUACAAAGAAGAGAAGAGCGAUAGAUCCGGCGAUGGAAGUUCUCUUCUCGCUGGUCGUAAAUUCGUCUUCGCCAGGAGAUGAUGUUGAAGAGAGGAGCGAAGCAGUCUUGUUUCAGGUACAGUACGCCGUCGCUACAGGGCAGUUUCAGAUAAGUCUGAAUGGAACGAACAGUACUGCUGAUAGAUCGUCAUUGCAACAUCUCUUCUCCAAUGUCACUUGUGCAGCUGGCUCUGUUACGAGCGCUGAUCGAAAGGGAUGUGUGACUUGUCCCGUUGGAACAUCAUAUGAUAAAACCAGUUCAAAAUGUGUAUUGUGUGGUAAAGGCAGUUACCAAGACAAGGAAGGCCAGGCCAGUUGUAUAGAAUGCGAUGAAGGAAAGUCGACCAAUAACUUGGGAGGCGCGUCCAGUGAGGAAUGUGUCAAGGCAGGCGUUUUGUCCAACAAAGUCCCGAGAGAGGGAAAGAAUACCGCUGUCUACAUAACAGUAUCGUUUAUCGCAGUGAUUGCAAUGAUAGGCAUAGUAGCUACAGCUGCCUACUGCAGGUACCGCCGGUUUUGCUGCGUUGCAAAGAACAAGGUUGGUCAAAGCAACCCUAGUCUCGAAAAAUAUCACGUUGCAAUGGAAAAGAGAGAAGCCUUGCAGCAGAUGAACACAGAGAGCUGCGGCGUUAACGACUCUGUAUAUUCGGAAAUGCCUGAGAAGAGGCUGAACAAUUUCAUAAACUGUGAUGCUGUUGCUGGUGACAAACUCAAUACUGCUAAUGUAACAUCGCCCGCUCUCUAUGCAAAUGACAACGAUUUAGAUUCUCUUUUCGAAAACCCUGUCGCUCAUGAUCAGUCGCAGGAGUCAAAGGUUUAAAUCGACAGAAGCAUGUAGUGACGAAGGCCAUAACCCGGAACGUGUUUAAACCUUGCGUUAUUUUUUGCUCUUCUUCUUCUUCUUCUUCUUCUUCUUUUUUUUUCCCGCGGAAAUUAAAUAUUACUGUUUAAUAUUGUACUCAGCUUAACUGAGAAAUCCUUUUCGUGACAUGUUUACGUACUCGUUUGAAAAUAGAGAGUGAAAGAUCAGAGUGAGUCGCAAUGUUCGAGGUUUGUUCGUCAGUGUAAGUCGAAAAGCCGAUUUAGAUCGAGAUAAACAGUUGGAUUGUCCGUGCAUCUAAAUCGGUUAGAUGAAUCAAAGGAAAGUUCAUUUGCUAAGACUUCUUUUAUUUAAGUAGAUAACCUUUAAAUUACUGAUAAGUCGAUUAGCUGAAUAACAAAACGUGUGGCCAGGAGACCAUAACCCAGGGCGUGUUUGCAGCUUGCGUUAUUUGAAGAAACUUUUUUUUUUUGAUCGACCUUUCUGUUUCGUGUCGUUCGUAUCAAAGCAGUCGAACGCCAUUUUAAAGCCAACUGAUAACUUUUAUUAUAGCUAUUGAGGAAAGCUUCUCUUUUGACACAUCACUCGACCUGGUGUCGAGGCUAUAGAACAAUACCUAUUGUCACACUUUCUUU